AUGCUGAAUCAAAAUCAGAUGAUAUUUGCCCUCGAAAAAUUUGUGGAUCGCCCGACAAUUGCGUGGAAUCUUCUUGAGUCAUCUCAAGUUGUAGAGAGGCUAAAGCAAAAUGAUGUACGAAGCCCAAAGCCUCCUGGGCACACAAGAUUUGUCUGCAUUUCAGAUACACACAACAGGACGGAUAAAAUGGAACAUGCUAUUCCAGAUGGUGAUAUCUUAAUUCACGCAGGAGAUUUCACAAGUUGUGGAUCCCGUGAUCAAGUGAUCCACUUCAACAGAUUUUUGGGAACACUCAAUCAUCCCUACAAGGUUGUCAUCGCUGGUAACCAUGACAUUUCGUUUGAUCUUGAGAGCUACGAUUCUCUAUGGUCACACUUUACACGGAUCAGAGAGGAUCCUGAGGACACUCGGAAGCAACUCACAAACUGCAUCUAUUUGGAAGACGAGGAAAUAACUCUGCGUGGAUUUCGAAUUUAUGGCUCCCCGUGGUCACCUGUGUUUUGUGACUGGGCUUUCAUGAAGCCUCGCGGUCAGCCAAUUCAAGAGAUAUGGAACAAAAUUCCAGAUGGCAUUGACAUCCUUGUGACCCACAGCCCACCCUUAGGUCAUGGAGAUCUUGCAAUUUCAAAGCUAAGAGCUGGAUGUCUUAAUCUUUUACACACCAUACAGUCCCGGGUCAAGCCCAGGUAUCACAUUUUUGGACAUAUCCAUGAAGGAUAUGGAAUAACUACAGAUGGAAUAACGACAUUUGUUAAUGCCUCGUCAGUAACAGUCCAGUACAAGCCGUCUCAUCCACCAAUAGUCUUUGAUCUCCCAAACAAAGAAAGCCUUGAUCAAUCCUGAAUUAACUUUUGCAGCAUUUACUUUCUGCUCUUAAUUUUCAGCAUGUGGGAUACCUUAUGCAAUAGCAUAUUCCUUAGUAGACCUGGUACAACAGCUUUGAAACUUCAGUAAGUUUAUCCACAAAAGUGCUGAAACAAGUGCAUAAUGGUGCAUGAAAGCAAGGCUCUGAAGCAAAUACAUCACCUGUUACUACCAAUCAGGCUGUUCCAAUAGCUGCACAAAAUCUGUCCUGUGUAAGAAAUCAAUUUAAAUCAAUUCAGCCAGAGGGUUUAGAAAUCGCCUAUUUCUCUCUUUAAAAUUUCUUCCUUAAUUAAUUGAUUAAUUGAAAUGUCUGAGUAAGAGACAUGAAAAGAUACGAAGAAAAAAGUUUUCAAAUUGUAAGAAGGAUCAAUUUCUUUAUUAUAUAUAUUAAGUAACUUCAUUUAUUUAAAAACUGAAUAUUUAGAAUUUGACAACUGCAGCUACUGGUAAUACUACCUUGAAUUCACAUCUAUUUAUUCCAUAAUUUUUCAGUUUGUAAAAUUUAGAAAAAGCAACGUGGAGCUCUAUGUAAAUGUACACUCAAGUAUUUUAACUUUAACACAACAAGAUUAACACUCUAGAUGGGGCAAACAAUUUUAAAAUAUAGUCCUGUAAAUUUAAUUCUAAAGGGUCUAACAGAGAGCCUUUCUAAAUUUAUUAUACAUGUUUUUUAACACAAUCUUGGUAAGUGUAGUGAAAAGUCAUAAUAAAGUUGAUACAUCUUG